CAGUUUAUUCGUAGGACCAUUCGGGGCAUGACGUUAACGCAGCAACGUGGUGUGCACAAGAUUCACGGGAAAUACAUUCGAUCGCGUAUUAUUACAGAGUAUAAAAAUAAUACCUAUACUUUAUUGUAAUUAACGAUUUUAUUGGCAACGUGACCGUCGCGGAUAACUCGUCGAUGACUCGCUCGCGUUCGCCCCGCCGUGCCGCGCCGGAUCGUUUGUAUAGCUGCUACUGAACUUUACUCUACGAUAAUAACAAUAUAUGGUUUGCAAAAAGCAGCCAGCGACUGCUGUGUAGGGCUGUGUAGGGCUGUUUAGAGCACGCGUAUAGACGACGAAUAAAUUGCAAGACGAUUAUACUAGGUAAUGUUAUUGUAAAAACAUUACAAUUCGAAGUGCGAUGUAGUGAGUAGGUAAAAUAUGCGAACGUGAAUGAUUUAAUUUUUCUAUAUCGUAUCAAGUUGAAAAAACUGAAGUGUUGGUACGUACUUUGGAUACACUCCUGAUAGUGUUUUUGAUGAACAUACUACUGACAUUUAUCAUAGACAGUAUCUUAUCUUGGAACCUUGGCAUACGUAUAGCUAGUAGCUACUGCGUGAUUAACCACUCAACAUAAUAUACCUAUAACAUAAUAUUUGUAUCAUAGCAUCUUCACGCCUUCAGUCACAUAUUACAAUGCACAAUUAAUAUAUUUGAAGAACGUUGAUGUUACAAAUGAUGCGCAUUAUACUUUAUACUUGAAUCUGAAAACUGUUGAAGUUCGAAAUAUUAGUAUGUUUGUCGAUACUACUUGUAAACAUCUAUACGAACAAUAAGGCUAUACGAAAUUGUUUUACAACAAAACAACAGACAUUGCAACCAGAUGAAUCAAUUCUACAACAUAAUAUAAGGCCAAUUGAUUAUUGUUCUUAAAAUGGAAACAAUAUCAAAAAAUCACGUAUCUAUUGUCACUGGUUCAACAAAUAUGAAUUUAAUACUUUGCAUAUGUUUGAUGAUCGUAUCAUCGACAGCGGCACAAACCAGAGUCAAAUGUUUCGACAAUAAUAAGGGCAAAGAUAAAACGGGUAUAAUAUUAGACUGUUCCAAUAUGGCUGGCAAGAGUCAUCCCUAUAGUAUUGAAGACUGGAUCCGAUACCAUGCGUUCUACGAUGAUGGGAUUCUCGCUAACCGUGUGUUGCAUAUUAACCUGGAAAACAACAAUUUAAUACAAAUAUUUGCACUCCCACCAAUGGCAUCGUUGAAGAAAUUGUCAUUUAAAUACAACAACAUAUCGUCCAUCGCAAAUAAAGCGUUGACGAACUUACCAGCUCUCGAAGAACUGGACAUAAGUUUCAAUUCGUUAAACAGUCAUGAAUUACGUGAAUCUGUUUACCGUAGUUAUCAACGGCCAAACAUACCGGCCACAAAUGAUGAACCAGCGCUAAGAGUCCUGAAGUUAGGAUACAAUAAUAUACAUUCUUUACCCCCGAAUUUUUUUCAGUAUUUAACGAAGCUAGAAAUGCUUGAGUUAAAUAAUAAUCCUUUAUUGGUGAUCGAUCAAAACACCGAAAUCUCCUUAGGGUAUUUAACAAAUCUCCAGGUAUUGGAUUUAGCCAAUACAGGUAUAUCAGACGUCCCAACAGAUGCGUUUUCCCAACUGUUCAAUGUUCAAACAUUAUACCUGAACGGUAACCAGUUCCAGAAUAUACCAAAAGGAAUCCGGAACAUGCCUCUAGCGUAUCUUAAUAUGAACGCAAAUCCCAUAAGUAACUUGGAUAGUGAGUCAUUUGUCGGCCUGGACCAACUCCAAGAACUCAUUGUGAGCGGUAUGCCUAAUUUGACCGAUGUCGGAUGCGGUACAUUUGCACCACUAAAGAAGCUCAUAACACUACACAUGUCCCACAAUCCUAAAUUGUCAAACAUCCAUUAUGACGCUUUCGUGGACAAUACUAGCCAGCAAUGGUCAUUGAGACAACUAUCAAUAAGUUACACGAACAUCAGCAGUAUAGAUUCAAAACUCUAUCCUUGGUCAAUGCUAGACUUAUUCGAUGCCAAAGGUAAUCAAUGGACGUGCGACUGUAGCUUGUCGUGGCUUGCAAGUUAUAUCAAUGAAACAUUUUCAGAAAUGCCGGAAAAACUUCUAUAUUAUCGGUGUAACGAGCCCAAAAUCCUAUAUGCGACACUAGUAUCUCAAUUGAAUGAACACAUCGAUUGCGACAAUUAUUUCCAUGUUUCUAAUAAUCACAGUCACGGUCACGUCACACGACUCCGACAUUUUAUCAUUGUCAUCGGUUUAGUAAUCGGCAUUUUCGUGUUUGGCACGUUAAUAAACAUGGGUUGUAGGGAAAUGAAAAAGGUGCUAAAGCCCAGCAUAUAUGUUCCGUCUGGAUUUAGCACUGGUGUAAAAUACAGACCCGCUGAUUUCGAAGAAGAUACAGACACAUUAGAAGUGCCUGCCAAGACUACAACGAUCAAUGGACGAUCACCUAUAGUUAUAAACAAUACAGACUGAAAUCAUAAAUUUUAAACUUUUUGGCUAAAAACAAAUAUGAGCUG